UAGAAAUUCAGGUAAAUUACAAGCAUCCUCGUGUGAUGGUCCCGAUAAAAUAUUCAACGUUUUUCGUCCCUUGGAUAUUGCGGUUUUGGAAAAUUAUAGGCUGGAGUGUCGGGACAACAUUUCCAGCAGUUUCCGUUGUAAAUAUGUUCCGCCUAAUAAUUACGCCGGAGUUUUCCGCGUCGGGAAUCUGGAAGCUAGAAAUGCCCCAUCGGUCGAGAGGUUUUCAACUUGUUUAUCUGAUUUAUUCGAUAGUGGCCAAUAUGAUAUACAUCUCCAUUCCUCUCUUGCUAACUAUAAACUUUCCACGACUUUUGAAAACGGACGCAGGCGAAGGUCUCGAGACGCUACCGAAAAUUCUCUUUUGUUUUUCGUUUGUGAUUAAACUAAUUUUGUAUCAAUCAGAAUCGACAAAAAGAUUGCUCGCGCAGGCGAUUACAGACGAAGCUCAUUUUCUCGAUAACGGUGAUUAUUCGGUAGUGGAAGUUCACGAAAAACACGUAUUUUUUUGCAACUUGCUGAACAAAUUCUUCUUGAUGUCCACCGCAGGCUCUGGUUUCAUCUUAUGCGAAAUGGGAAUUGUGGGCAGUUACAAAGUCAACCAAUUAAAUAAGAAGCUUAAUGUGACCUUGCCUCGGCCCUUACCGUUGCCAUUCUGCUAUCCAUUCGAUGAAAACAACUAUCACAUCUGGAUUCUGUUAGAGCAGUUACUUGUAAUAGUAUGGUGUGGAUUUUCUAUUGCAACAGUGCAAAUAUUCAGCAACUCAAUGAUGAUUUACAUGAGAGGGCAGUUGAAGAUAUUACAGAAAUACUUUAGCCGUUAUCAUAGAUCAGCUACCAGCGUCGACGGUAGUGUUAAAGCACUCAAAUUGCUAUGCGUUAAACAUCAACAUUUGAUUAGCUUUAUAGACAAUGUCAAUGGUGUCUUUAGAAACGUUGUCUUUAUCCAGUAUAGCAUCUCAUCGAUAAUGUUAGCCAUGGCCCUUUUUCAAGUGCUCGCGGGCAACAAUGUAACCUACAACAUUACUUAUGUAUUGGUAAUAAUAAGUGAACUUUUACUCUUAGCUUGGUCGACGGAUGAAAUUGUAACUCAGAGUGACGAAUUAGCAUCGGCCCUUUAUAGUUGCACAUGGUACGAAUGCGAUAGGGAAUCCAGGAUUCUUAUUAUUUUGAUGCUGAUAAGAUGUCAGAAACCUUUAAGUAUUGAUAUCGGUUCGUAUAAGUAA